UUUGUUUUAGAACAAGCAAUCACCUUCUUUAGCUUUUAUCCUUUAAAAUGGCUAUUGCAUUCCCUGAUAUUGAUCCCUAUGAGGUGUUGGAAUUGGAUAAAUCGGCCACUCCGAUUGAAAUCAAGAAACAAUAUAAGAAACUUUGUUUAAAGUAUCAUCCCGAUAAACUUCAACAGACAUCUGAAAGUAAUGUUGAUAAAGAUCAUUUCCCCAAACUUCAAUUUGCAUAUUCUAUAUUAUCUGACCCGGCUAAAAGAAAUCGCUAUGAUACUCUUGGAUCGUUAGGCUAUGGAGAUGAUGUGGAAGAUGAUGAGGUUUUUGAUUGGAAAGAAUUUUUUGAGGGAAUGAAUGAAAAAAUCACUAUUGAAAUGAUUGAAGAAGAUAAAUUGAAGUAUCAAAAUUCAACAGAAGAAAUGAAUGACAUACUAAAUAACUUUGUUUAUUAUGAAGGAGAUUUCUUAAAGUUAUUUGAAGUUAUACCCCAUCUUGAAUUCGACGAAUUGGAAGAAAAUCGUGUUUUCAAAAUAAUUGAAAAUGCUAUUGAUGAGGACGAACUAGAGGUUGAAAAUAAAAAUAUCAUCAAAUCAUUUGAAAAAUAUAAAAGAUCCCGUAAAACUAAAGUUAAACAAAUGUUAAAGAAAUUGGCCAAAGAAGCAAAAGAAGCAAAAGAAUUAGAAAAAACAAUAAAGGAUAAAUCAAAUAGAAAUUUAAGAAAUGAAAGCGAUUUGAAAAGCUUGAUCCAAAGCAGACAAAAUAACCGGUUGAACAAUUUGAUUGAUAAUUUGGAAUCAAAGUACUUAAAUAAAAAAGGUGAUAAAAGAUCUCAUAGAGAUGUUGACGAUGAUGAAUUUGAAAGAAUUCAAAAGAAUUUAAUGAAUAAAAAAUCAAAAAAUAAGUAGGUUUUGUAUAAUAUUAGCAUAUAAUGAUAUUUUAUUAAAUGUUUACUAGUGUAAAGGUUUCGAAGUUUAGAAAUUUGGUAAUUUUGCAAGGUUUUUCCAAAAAAUUUCAUUUUUUUGCAAAAA